GGGCAAAUAUAUUUAAUCUGGCAGUACUCAAACGUCAUAAUGUCGUUUUCUUCGAUAUAAAUGCCGUUGUAUUGGUACACAUUUGAAAUUUAUUGAGGAUUAAAUGUUUGUUAAUUUUUGCUUCGAUAAAUUUUAAUUAGAAAUGUGAAAAUCAAGUGAAAUAUUUUUAUAAUGGAUGAAUUGCACUCGGACAACGACAUUUCACUUUCGCCGACGCAAAUAUUAGAGCGUUUGCAAAUAUUACGACAACUACAACUCAUGCAACGAGGUAAACUUCAAAAACAACGUUUGGAGUAUCAGGAACCUAAUUCCUCGAGCAUCACAGAGAUUAUUAGUCAUUUCAGCAAUAGCACCACAUAUAAUAGUUUCCGCAGUUUGUUAGAAGCAACUGAAGGUUCUUCUAACGAUGCGACACCUCGAUUAAAUGUGAAAAGUGCAUCACCAAAGCUUAAAACAAAAGAUUUGAUAGAAGGUGUAUCGAUUUUGAAUUUGUCUCAAGAAUCUGAAUUUAUCACAAACUCUCCAACAUCAGCUCGAAGUACAGUCCUCAGCCGAAAUUCACUUAGCAAUGAUUCCAGCAGUAAUACUGGUACUAAAAAACAAAUAUCUCUUGAUGAAAUGCCUGUCUUGACACCAAAAAAAGACUUUGAAACAUUAAUAAUAGAGAAACUAAAGGGUGAGGUAAACAAAAAAGUGUUAGAAGAUUCAAAAGAAAUGCCUGUAGUAAACAAUAGAAAGCCCUUUUUGAAAAAAGGUGAAGGUACAUCACGUUUUGGUUUGCAAAAAAAGGAUUUAGUUAUACAAAAUACAAAGUCCUUGCCAUGGCGGCAAAACUCAAGUAAUACUAAAAAUAAACAAAGUCAAUUAAAUACUGACAAACAAAGUAAUUAUGUGUCCAGGAAUGAAAAUAAUAAAGCAGUUGAAAAGCAAACAAAACUUGCAAAACCUUCACAACUAAUAAAUACUAAAUCCACAGAAACGGAAUUGAUUGUAGAAGCAAAAGAAAGAGAAUGUGAACAUGCAAUAAAAGAAAUACCACAGAAUAAACAAGUUGCAAAAGAUAAAUAUCCAUUGCCCAGCACUAAAGGUAAAACUUGGGCAUCAGUAUUAACCAAGGAACAAAAUGACUUUUUGCAUCAGCUUAAACAGAGUGAAUAUUAUAAAAAUUUUACUUCUCCAGCAAAGAGUAUAGUUUCAGAUAUCAGUUGUGAUGAGAACCUUAUGAGGCUUAAGAUGGAGAGAGAAAUAGCUGAGCAAAACAUGUUUGAACUUAUUGAGAACAAAGUCUCUAGUGAUAAUUUUAACCUGGAGAACUCUUUUUUCCAUCGUUUCUUGAGACAUAAUCAAUUUGAAUGUUCAGGCGAAAGUACACCACUAGUAAUGCAACAAUGUCUUGCUAAAAAUCCAAACUUAAUAACAAUAUUACCUAGGAACUUAGAUAGGAACAGAAAUCAUGAUUCACAUACUGAUAUAGAAACAAAUGGUGAUUGUUCAGAUUGUUGUAGUGAAAUAGGCUCAUCAGUAUCUAGUUGUUCAUGUAAAACUGUUGAGGAAACCAAUAGUACCUUACAGACUGAUAUGUUUCCUGAUAAUGAUAGCAAUGCACGAAUGAAAAGGGAAAGGUAUAAAGAGGAUAAAGGAUUACCUCAAAAGUCAACAACAAGUUCACAAGCAAAAAAAGUUGUAAAGAUCAUAGAAACAGAAAAAAAUAAAAUUGACAAUGCCAAUAGUGACAGUGAUAUGAAAGCCAACAUGGUUGAAAUGAAUGCAAAAUUAAUUGCCACAAGUGAACUUCUUAAAGAAAGACUGCGUGAAUUAGAAGAUGAAAUAGAAACAUUUAGACAAGAAAACACAAAUUUAAAAAAAAUGCGUGAGGAAAUUGAUGCAGAGCGCCACAAAUUUUAUGAAGAAAAGACAUUAUUUGAACAAAAAUUUAAUGAAGAGAAAAUAUUAUCAGAAUAUUAUUUAUCUGAAGAAAAAGAAAAGUUAACAAAGCAGAAGCAGUUAUACGAAAAGUAUGUUAGGGAGAUGAGAGGUCGCUUGAACAGAAAAGACAAAGAUGAGGUAAUUAGCUUAAAAAAAGAAAUAAAUGAUCUCAAAGAGGAAAUAAGAUUAAAAGACUCUAAAUCUACUUCAACAAUUGCUCGUCUUAGAAAUCAAAUAAAAAUUUUAGAAAAGGAAAAAAAAGAUUUUAUGGAAGAAAUAGAAAAAUUAAAAAAAGAAAAUAGACGAAUUCAACAUUCAAAUGAUAUGACAAGGAGAAUGACAAACAUUAAAUAUUUAGAAGAGAUAAAUAAAAAACUUUCACAUAUGACUGCAAAAGAAACUCAAUCAGAAUUAAAUUUUGACAGUAAUUCAAAAUAUAAAACCUUUGAAAUAGGAAGGCAAAGUAGACCUCGAAAAAUUGAGACAGUGAGUAAUAAACCAGUAAGAACUAGGGCAAAAAGUGUACCUAAUCUUAAAGUUACAUCUAGAUAUGCAAAAUAUUUUAGCCAAAGAGAUGUUGUUAGUGAUAUGGAAAAAAAUAAAGUAAUUGAUUCUCUAGGACACUUAACCCAUUCGUCUGAUAAUUAUCAAUCUGAAGAUGCGCAAUUACAUAUUGAGGAUGAAUCUCAACAUGUUACAGACUCUGAUAAUGAAGAAAAUAAUUUAGAAAAGUUAUAUAUGGAGAGGUUCCAAUCAUUAUCACCCAGGAGUGCCAAAUCAAGUUUAUCAAAUUCAAGUUGCAAUAUCAAUACAAAUGUUGUACAAGCAAAUAAUAUUCAACACAAAAAUGAUAACUUUUUUAUUACAAAAUCAUCUUCAAAUAAUGAUUCCACAUUGAGUAAGAGCAUUUCACCAGUAAAUGUUUCUUUAGAAUCAAAUUCGCAAUUAUCAAGAACAUUUGCAUCAGUAAUUAGCCAUAAAUAUAGUGGCCAAAGGUCACCAAGAAAUUCCUCUCAAGAUUUACACAUUAAUAAAUUCAAUACCAUAGAUCGGAUGCCUUCUAAUGCCUCAAAUAGUUCUAGCAAGUCUCAUAAUUUGUCAAAGUCUCCAGUUUCUAUCCUAACAAACAGAUCUUCCAGUAGUCUUAAGCCAACUACAGUUAUACAAAAAGAUUGUUUUAGAGAGACAAUAAGUUUAAGUCCAGAACCCAUGAUUAUACAUCAAACUAAUGAAGCAAUACAUCAUGAUAAGGCAUCAAGAACUAAUUUAAAUCCUACUGAAAUAAAAAAACCAGAUGGAUCUAAGGAACUGAGAUUUCCUAAUGGGAAUACUAAAUUUAUUUCUUCAGAUGGCAAUUACAGUAAAUUUGUUUAUUACAAUGGCGAUAUAAAAGAAAACUUUUACAGUGAGGGUAGAAUUAAAUAUUUCUAUGCAGAAACAAAGACCUGUCAUACUACACAUGCUGAUGGAUUAGAAGUUCUAGAGUUUCCAGAUGGGCAAGUAGAAAAACGAUACAAGGAUGGAUCAUCUGAGAUACGGCUGCCCAAUGGUAGCAUUCGCUAUUUUGAUCCCAAAAACGAACAUGUACGUGAAGAAUGGCGUUUCCCUGAUGGUACCGCCAUCACUGUCUCCGCAGCUGGCGAUCAACGCAUCGUGUUCUCUAAUGGACAGGUGGAGGUGCAUACCACAGAUCAUAAGCGUCGAGAAUUUCCUGAUGGCACAGUGAAGCUGGUCUACAAUGAUGGCACUUCCGAGACGCGAUAUGCCUCGGGUCGAGUCCGCAUAAAAGACAAACAUGGAAAUCUUAUUAUGGAUUCUGUAUCAAGAUGACGACAACCCGACACCGCUUAUUGAGCGCGUGUGAAUUAAACUGUGAUAUUUGAAUUAACAAUAACUUAAAAAAUAUUUUUGAUAGAACUUAAAAAAUAUUUUUGUAAAACUUUUAGGUGAAAUUUGUUAUAUUUUGAUUAUGAGUCCACACCACGAUUUACAUCAAAAGCUCUUUUUAAUUGAACAUGUGUGUUUGGCUGUGGCAUCAUCUUUGUCAUUUUCUAUAUUUAUUGUUAUGAAUAACUAUUUAACGAAUUUCUAUUGUUGCAAACUUGUCUUUAAUGAGUUGAACUAAUUUAAGGAUUUGUAAUUUUUAUUCAACUAUUUCAUAAGCAAAGUUGGGUUAUUCCCUGUACUCCGAUUGGUGGAGAAGCGGGACUUUUCCCCAAUGCUCAAAUUGAAUGAGUCUUGUUUUUAUUUCUUACCUAACCAAAAGUAGUCCAGGCCAUUAUUUGAAGUUGAGUUUAUCGAUUUGUACAGUCAACCAACUACACGUCAGAGUAUAUAAAACUCCAAUUUUUCAAAUAUCAUAUUUUAAAACGUUAAAAAACUGGGAGUAUAGGUGAAAAUCCAUUGCAGAAAUUUGAUAUAUUGUGAUAACCUGACGUACAGCGGUGUGCACUAAAAUAAAUAAAUGUAAUAAUUAAAGUACUUAUUUUUUUUUAAUAGAACUGACUUCAAACUUUAAAAUAUGGGAAAUUAUAUUAAUUUUGAAAGCGGUUUAAUUA